AUGAUGACCUCAUCUAGACCCCGCGCCGAUGUUGGCGGUAGCUUUGCGAGCCGACGCGGUCAUGCGAGCCAGCUGUCAAUUUCAGACCCCAGCCACCAUGUGACGGAGACCAUUGGGACUCUAUACGGAGAUGAGGAGGACUACUCAAACGAUCAGCGGCCCUUGAGUUUCUUCGGGUCGUCUUACUCCGACCAAUCCACCAAGCAGGGCGAAGCCGACCCGUCCGCCGAAGACCCCCAUAGACAAACGUUGCGUUCCGCCUCGGACAAGACGGGCCCAGGAGCAACACAGAACGGAACCCCCGCACUCAAGAAGCCCCAGUCGCUACCAGCGCGCUCUCCUAGUCAGCGAAGCAACUCGUACGAAAAUGGGCCUAAGUCACCGCCCAUCUCCUUGCGCGACGUCAAAAACGAGUCUUCCCAGUUUCCCCUCGGUAGCAUCGAGAAUCCGAACGAUAUUGCGCAGGAGCUCAGCAAUUUGCAGGCCCUGAGACGCAUGUCCAUGGAUGUUGGAAACAAUGCUGACCCCGAUAUGCUGCCUUUCUCCGGUCUCUCCCUUGUCGCUAUGCCUCCAAUCGCGCCAACGGGAGAUGACGACGAAAAUGAUCCUUCGAGGCUGCUUUGGGUGCCUGCAGCUGUUCAUCCCGAGCUGGCGCCUACUGAGUUCAAAAACUUCCUGGAGGAUAGGGUCAAGACCAUCAGGAGACGAUCAGGCGAUUCUUCCGACGGCGGCAUGGACCGAAGCGACUCUGGCGGGGGUUUACGACGAAAGAAGAGUAUGCUCUCACGGCAGAUUGAUAACUCAGGAGGAAGAGGAGCUGUUGGCUACGUGGACGGUGCCGAGAGGCUCGGACGGAAGAGCUCCCUAAGGGAAUAUUCGACACCGGAGCUCAAUUUGAACGAAUUGGUCAAGGAUCCUACAAAGGUGGUGCGUGAGCUUUCCCAGGAGAGUCAAGCUGAGGGGGGGGUGGAAGACAUGCCAAUUCUGCCCGUUGCCCCCGGCAUGGGACUCCGUCGCUCGACCCGGACCACAUAUCGGAAGAAUGGCAGUGUACGCUCGGGAGACCGGCUGCCCUUCUCAAAACGGGUCGCGAGUCGACAUGGCCACACAGACUCCUCCGACUCGGCCGAUACGGUCCCUCCUCUGCCGUCCGACGUGCCUGAAGUGCCCCCUUUGCCCAGCCAUCAACGAGUUCAGUCAGAGCCGGUUGCCGAGAACUUCUCGCGCCCUAACCGAUCAGUACGCCGGCAGCAUAAGUUCUCUCAGGAUUUGGACACAGCAUCCGAUGGUGCAUCAUCAGAGGUCGAGGAACCUGUCUCUCCUCUCAGCACUCGCCCCGAACAGCAGCAUCCCGCGCGGACAUCCUCGGUUGCUGUCGACGCGAAACAGUCCGUUCAAUCUAAUGAGUCGCCGACAACUGAGGACAACGGACAAAGGCAGCAGUUUCCGCAGCGAUCCUCUUCACAACACGCAACCCAACCGAUUCCUCCGCAGUCUCCAGUGGAGGAGCUUCCUGCUCGUUCGAGCAAGCGUCCUGGGGCAGGCAGCUCCGCACCAAGCCCGACGACUCCUACGGCACCUCAACAGCCACAGGUGCAACAGGCCAAGCAGCAGACCAAUCCUCACAUUCAGACGUCCAAUGAUAUGGCUUCCCACCCUUCAACCCUGCCCAGCAGUGGUGCUUCCCGAACCGACACCCUUACUUUCAUUCCCACUUUUCCAGCAGAGGAAAAGAAGACGGAGGAGAAGAGAGUGGGAGGCAAGCUGAGGAAAGAAAGAGAUGACGACGCGUCCAGCAUCUCUUCGACCAAGUCUUCUGGCGGCUGGUCAAAGUGGCUCAAGGGCGGCGGUGACGACAAGGAUAAGAAAAAGAAGGAAGAUGAGAAGAAGAAGAAGCAUGGUGCGGAAAAGGCGCAGGACAACGCCCGAUUGGACGUUCUCCAGAAUUCGAUCGAGGGGGUUUCGUCCAAGGGAAGAGAGAGCAUCAUUGUGGACCGCGACAACGUCGACAAUAAACUCACGGAAGAGCGGAAGAAAGAGACUAAGAAGACGGAUUCCAAAAAGGAGAAGGAGGGUGGUCUGUUCUCGGGCCUCUUUGGCGGCGGCAAAAAGAAGAGCGAGAAGGAGAGCAGCAGCAAAAAGAACCAGCAUCUGCGGGUGUCGGAAGAAGUGCCGUAUCGGCCUCUUAAACCCGAUGUUGACUACCACUGGACCAGAUUUCCACUCCUCGAAGAACGGGCGAUCUAUCGGAUGGCUCACAUCAAGCUCGCAAACCCACGUCGGUCGCUGCUGAGUCAGGUUCUGCUCAGUAACUUCAUGUACAACUACCUCGCCAUUGUUCAAGCUAUGCAUCCCCAGAUGCAGGUUCCGCAGUCACCGCAGCAAAGACGGUUGGAAGAGGAGCGCCGCCGCAAGGAACAGGAAGAACAGUACCUGGCUCAGCAACAGCAACAACAGCAACAGCAACAGCAGCAAGAGGCGACAGACCAGGAUUCCACGGGCCAGUACAACUUUGAGUAUCAUCGGGGCGAAACCCAGUACGGAGACCAUCCUCAUGAUGAGGUGGACUAUGUGGACGAUGCCCAGAUCUACGAGUAUGACCAUGGCGGCGACAUUGACAAUGGACGCAGCAAUGGCUACAGUGGCCCUGACAGCUACGAUGCUCAGCCUGGCAAGCAGUAUUACCAUGACCAGUACGGACGCGAUGGCGGCGACAAUGCGAGGCGUAGGGACGAUCGAGAGGACAUGUGGUGA